GCUUAGCAGUAAGAAUUACCGUGCAAGAAAGCAACACUACACAUCUCUUUUAGUACUUGUUGUAUGUGUCAAGUUACUUAGCUUCUUCUACUUUACUACAUAGUACAUACAUUACGUGUUGCUUGGAUGACACGUAGACUAAAAGUGUUGGACCGGCUGGCUGGCGUGACAAGAUAGAUAUACCUGUAAAUGCCUGGCGUGUCACCGUCAUGUAAAACUGCAAAUAUAAAUGGAACUUUGCUCAGCCUCCUUGAUAAAUGCAAAUCAAUGCUUGAACUGAAGAAACUUCAUGCUAUUGGGAUUUCUUUUGGUUUAUCUCAUGAAGACUCUUUUAUGUUCAAAAUCCUUUCAUUUUCCGCUCUGUCCAAUUCAGGUGACAUUGAUUACUCCUAUAGGGUUUUCUCCCAGCUUUCCAGUCCAACAAUUUUUAGCUGGAAUACAAUCAUAAGAGGCUAUUCAAAUAGCAAAAAUCCAAUCCAUUCCCUAUAUAUUUUUCUAAAGAUGCUUCGACUUGGGGUUGCACCGGACUACUUAACAUACCCAUUUCUCGUGAAGGCGUCAGCACGCCUUUCAAACCAGGAAAGCGGUGUAUCCGUGCAUACCCAAAUUAUAAAAACUGGGCAUGAGUCUGAUAGAUUUAUCCAAAAUUCUUUGAUUCACAUGUAUGCUUCUUGUGGGAAUAUUACGUGGGCUCAUAAGAUAUUUGAUAGUAUGCAGGGGAAAAAUUUGGUUUCAUGGAAUUCCAUGUUAGAUGGCUAUGCUAAGUGUGGAGAAAUGAUUUUGGCUCAGAAAGUUUUUGAGUCUAUGCAAGAGAGGGAUGUCCGGUCAUGGAGCUCUUUGAUUGAUGGUUAUGUGAAGGCUGGGGAGUAUAGGGAAGCUAUGGCCAUCUUUGAAAAGAUGCGGGCCAUUGGUCCCAAGGCCAACGAAGUGACUAUGGUGAGUGUGUUGUCUGCCUGUGCACACCUCGGUGCUCUAGAAAAGGGACAAAUGAUGCACAAGUACAUUGUUGACAAUGCUUUACCAAUGACAAUGGUCUUACAAACUUCUCUCGUGGACAUGUACGCCAAAUGUGGGGCAGUAGAGGAGGCUUUGUUUGUAUUCCGCAGCGUCUCAAAGAGGCAAACUGAUGUGUUCAUUUGGAACGCAAUGAUCGGAGGUCUUGCAACACAUGGGUUAGUAGAAGAAUCUCUUAAAUUGUUUAAGGAAAUGCAAAUGGUCGGUGUCCAAUCUGAUGAGAUCACAUACCUCUGCUUGUUGGCCGCCUGUGCCCAUGGAGGACUAGUCAAAGAAGCAUGGUACUUCUUUGAGAGCCUUGUUAAAUGUGGCAUGACACCUACAAGUGAGCACUAUGCUUGCAUGGUAGAUGUGCUGGCGCGUGCAGGUCAAUUAACCACGGCAUACCAAUUUAUUUGUCAAAUGCCCAUAGAACCUACGGCUUCCAUGUUAGGUGCUCUUCUUAGUGGGUGUAUUAACCAUAGAAAAUUAGAUCUUGCAGAAACAGUUGGCAAGAAGCUUAUUCAGCUUGAUCCAAACAAUGACGGAAGAUAUAUUGGCUUGUCAAAUGUUUAUGCGGUUGUCCAACGUUGGGAUGAUGCAAAAAGCAUGAGAGAAGCCAUGGAGAGAAAAGGGGUGAAAAAAUCACCUGGGUUUAGUUUUGUUGAAAUAUCUGGGAUCCUUCAUAGAUUUAUUGCUCACGAUAAAACACACCCUGAUUCAGAUGAAACUUAUUCUAUGCUACAUUUUGUUGUCUGUCAAAUGAAACAUGGUUGUCGCCAUGACAAUCAGGAGGAGACUUUGUUGAGUGAUACAUCCAUAGAAGAUGAUUUGAUCCUCUUCUGAGUAGACUGCAUUAUAGUUUGUAGCAAUUAACAUUUGUUGUGGAAGAGUUAUUGCACAGGACCUGGAUUUCAAUGUAAGUUAUCAAAGUCCUUUUGGUUUUUGUGUGCAGCAGGCUUACAGCUCACCGAAUGUAACUUGCUACCAUAUUUCAUUGUAAAAACAAAAUUGUGUACACUAACGAGUAAUAACUUUAACAAAUUACACUCACCACUCGCGAAAUAUGUUAAAAUGUCACUCACACCCCUCUAUUUUCCCAAAAAAAACAUCAACAGUGUUAGUGGGGGAGUAGUUUCCCGACAUUUUCUUAUAACUUUCAACGACGCAUAAACAGUGUUAGUGUUGGAGGGAGUUUUAUGUCAUAGGAAAGAAUAAUUAAGGGAAGUUAGUGUAUUUAAAAAUUAGAGGGGUGCCUUGAAAAACCUGAUGGUUCUGGAAUUGUUGGCGGUUUGUUGACCACCCUGUUUACUACAUAUUUUUGUGGACACAAAUUUUAUAUACAAAUAAAAAUUGAGUCAAUAAUUUUUAUAUGUAAGAUUUGAAAUUAAGAAUUUACAUAAAAGGAAAUUAUCCCCUUUCCUACCCGAACUGAUGGGCAUCAAUUUGAAUAGUGGUUCUUAUUAUUUCAGAUUAUUUCUAACUUGGUAGAAAAUAUCUUAGUUGAAAUUGACAGGCAUCCAUUGCUUUGAUCCUUGGCUUUUCAUAUCAACAAACUAAAAAUGGUAUUACUAGGAGAAUAACUAUGACCAGCAAACAUUGUUCGGUGCCUAUUUCCUAACAUUACAAAUAUAAUGUUAUGUCAUUAUCACUGCUGGAAAAAAGAUCAUAAGAUAUUAAUGAGUGCUGUCCAUUAUGCUUUUGACAUGAAAAUAUUCAAAAUGUCUUAUACGGUUAUACCAUUCCACAUGCUUUUGCAAAACAACUUUUGCACAGCAGACUUUUUUAAUAUUAAUUUUCUAUAUCUUAGCUAAUAAUUUUGACCAUCCCUUUCAUUGCAGAGUAUAUAGUACAACAAGUAGUCAUUCAUGUUGUGCUUAGUGGAAUUGUCAUUGACAUUCCACAUCUUGAUUUGCUUGUGUAUCCUUUAUGACACAUUGCUCUUCCUCCAUGCUUUUUCCCAAUAAAAGAACAUACAUUCCAACAAUAACCAACACAGAUCCUGCAAUACUGCUUAUUAUAACAGAUAGGGAUACAUUAGGAACAAUGGAAUGAAGAAAAGAUGUGUAAAUCAUAGAAGGGUAAAAAGAAAAGAAAAGAAAUCAACCUUCCUAAGUAUAUUUCCUCCUUUAGUAUAGUGAAAUCAAGCACAGCCACAAAUAUUUGUAAAAGAGGGGUAAAUGCUGCAGUAAAAACUGGACCUCUUUGUUUGACACACCAUGACAUUGCCACAUAACACAGGCCUGACCCCACCAUUCCCUAGGAUCAUAUAAGUAACAAUUUUGAAUUCUAAGCUUUUUAUAUUUCAAUAUGAACUUAACAGAUAGUUUUAAAAAUGAUUUGGAUUUGGUGCAGUUACAAAUUCACGCAUUUAGCACAUUGAUGGUCGUUGGAUCGAGAUCUCAUGAUGCAAAGAGCAAACAGAUUUUGAUUUUUUUGAAACUCUAAAAUACUAAGCUUGAAAUCUGAUUGUCCAAUCUUAUAUUCAACGACCACAAUGUGCUGAUUGCGUGAGAUUUUUGACUGCAUCAAAUGCAAAUCCUUUUGAAACAUUGUACACGAUGUAUUUGUAUUUAUCAAAGAGCAUACGUACAGCAUAUAUUACACACAAUAUUUCUAGCUUUCCUUUGAGGAUCCAUGAUGCAUUGUUUCUCUUGAUAACCAAAGUUAAUAUUGCUGAUUGAAUAGCAGCAAAAAGUGACAAAAUAGCUGUGCUAGAGUAUUGACAUGGAUACUUUUUGCUAAUCUUAGCUUGUAUAACAAACCAAGAAGACCACAUGAUGCAACCUGCAGUCAAAAGUAUUGAACCUAUAAUCCAUUUCCCUAACUUGGGAGGUGCACUUGUAUAUGUAUUGGCUAUGUGUUGAGAUUGUGAGCUGUUAAUGGAAAUUCCUUUAUAAAGGGCUAAUAUCAAAACUCCACCAAUGCACACAAUAGUUCCCAAGAUUUUGGCUUUACCACUCUUGCUUUUCAUGUUGACCUUCUCUAUCCUAAAAUGUUUUCAAACCAAAAGAUAAAUAAAUAAAAAGUUAUUGUAGUUAUAUUCCAUAAUCAAGUAAUAUCUCUUUGUUUAACAAACUUACCCAAAUGGAAGUGACAUUAUGAAUGUAAAUACAGGCACCAUGUUGAGGAAUGCACAUGAGAAUGUGGCAGAUGUAUACUGAAGUCCAAGAAGAAACAAGUAUUGAGGGAUUGUUACUCUGAAAGGUAUUCAUAGAAUGUUAAAAUCGUAGAUUUGGUCGAUUAACUAUAGUUAUAGUUAUUACAGUUAAAACAUUAGUAUAUAGAACCAGAAAAGUUCAUACCCAACAAGAGCAGAGAGAAAAAGGAGACAUAUUAUGUGAGCCUCCAAUUUGUGUUUCCUGUAAAAAGCACAAAACUGAUUUCUAUUGUAUUUUGCAUUGCUCUAGAAUAAACCUCAAUUUUGUUACUUGAUUGUGGAAUAAACAAGCUAUAAAUAAGUUCUACCAAACGUGUUUAUGGAUUCUAACCUUUCAUAGAACC